AUGGGACCCGUUCCCCCAAACAAGGCCAACCGCAGGGGUUUGGUGCCGGUUACAUCUUCUUCUGAAGCGGCCGCCAAAAACGCAUUGCAUCGCGACAUAGGCCUCACCUUUGCCGUCUGGAGCGAAAUCGUGGGAAGAUCGCCCCGUCUACCGCAGGGCGUCAAGGACCGCCUGUUGGUCUGCGCCUGCCUAUUUAAGGGGCCAGAUUCGCCUCCUCCACCCCCCUCCCUCAACAACCAGCUCAACGAGGCGAAGAACAAGUUCUACGAAGACAUGCACGUCCUCCUGGCGGACAAGCCAGUCGUCCUCGGUGACCUAGAUGCCCGCGUCGGGACAGACUACGUUGACGGAAUCGCCGGCUUCAGCGACAAUGGUCCCUCCUCCUCCUCCUCCUGCGCUAAACACCUUCUUCUGCUGAUGCGGUGGAAGGCCACCUGGCUGCACCUCCGAUCGCGACGCUGA